GGUGUUGAGGCGCUCGCCUACGAGGCAUCGCGGUACACUGGCCGCGGUUAAUGAGAGAGGGUCCUUUUGCUAGCCGGAGAAGGAUCGCGGCUGCUGGGGGCACUUGCGGGGCUCCGGGACCGGGGGGCUGAUCUGUGACGUACAGAAGGACAGAUGCCCACUGUGGCCAUGACGAGCACAAGCUGAACGUCCCCCUUUUCUUUAAGGCUCCAGUUAGUUUGAUUCAGCCAUGCCAAAUAUAAAAUAAAUCAUCUAUCACUCGGCAGCCGGUGAAAAGCCGACGCCUCGCAGCUAUGGGAAUGCACAACACACGGCGCACGUAAAGGAUUUCUUUUUUGGUUGUUGUUGUUUACCACACCCGGCAAUCGGAUCAUAAAAAACCGACAAAGCGAAUGUCCUGCCACACGCAAGGAGGAAAACCAUAGGGACCAGGCAAGAUGAACGGGGGAGGGGAACAGCCGGACAUCCUCAGCACGCCCAUGCUGGUGAAGGAGCGAUGGAAAGUGCUGAAGAAGAUCGGGGGUGGCGGCUUUGGGGAGAUCUACGAGGCCGUGGACCUGCUGCUGCACAUGAACGUGGCGCUGAAGGUGGAGUCGGCCAAGCAGCCCAAGCAGGUCCUGAAGAUGGAGGUGGCUGUGCUGAAGAAGCUGCAAGGUAAGGACCACGUGUGCCGCUUUGUGGGUUGCGGCCGUAACGACCGCUUCAGCUACGUGGUUAUGGAGCUGCAGGGCCGGAACUUGGCGGACCUGAGGCGCAGCAUGGCCCGUGGGACCUUCACCAUUAGCACCACCCUGCGGCUCGGGCGGCAGAUGCUGGAGGCCAUCGAGAGCAUCCACUCCGUGGGCUUCCUGCACCGGGACAUCAAGCCGUCCAACUUCGCCAUGGGCCGAUUCUCCAGCACCUCCCGGACCUGCUACAUGCUGGACUUUGGGUUGGCGCGUCAGUUCACAAACUCCUGCCAGGAAGUCCGGCCCCCGCGUCCCAUAGCUGGCUUCCGGGGCACCGUGCGCUACGCCUCUGUCAAUGCCCACAAGAACAAGGAGAUGGGUCGCCAUGAUGACCUCUGGUCACUCUUCUACAUGCUGGUAGAGUUCCUGGCUGGCCAGCUGCCUUGGCGGAAGCUGAAGGACAAGGAGCAGGUGGGGAAGAUGAAGGAGAUAUACGACCACAGCCUCAUGCUGAAGCACCUACCGCCAGAGUUCAGCGUCUUCCUGGAUCACAUCAGCGGGCUGGACUACUACACCAAGCCUGACUAUCAGCUGCUGAUGUCGGUCUUCGAGAACAGCAUGAAGGCGGCCGACAUCCUGGAGAACGACACAUUUGACUGGGAGAGACGCGACGGCACCCUGGUCAUGAACGCCCUGGGGCCGACCCCCCAGCAGCACACCCGUUUCACACCCGCGCACUUGGGCAUGGCCAACGCCUCCUUGGUCCCGGGUGACCUCCAGCGGGAGAACACGGAGGAGGUUCUGCAGGAUGAGCAACUGAGCGACGGCGACAACCAUGGCGUCCCAGAGCGCUCAGCGCCACGCCCACAGGAGGCUGACGUCUGGGAGGAAUUCGACCGCAACCGCACCCGCAUCCGACUGGGCAUCUGUAAGAUGACCACCGAGGACGAGCAUACGCAGAGCCCGGGCCCCCAGAGUCCGUGUGCGGGGCCCAUCCCGGGGUCCCCGCUGCGUGUCCGCUCCGAGGCACUGCCCCCGGACCGCGAGGCCCCGCUGCUAAGGAAACUGCGCAACAUUCACAGCUUCGAGCUGGAGAAGAGACUGACACUGGAGCCCAAGCCCAGCACUGAGCGCUUCCUGGAGGCCUACUUAAUCAAGCAGUUCGGCAGCUCCUUGCAGAUUAAGGAGAACAAAGGAGGAAUGGCGUCAGGGCCUCCCAGUGUUGAACGAGAGGAGCAGGCCGGGAGAGCAGGCGAGGAGCCCACGCAGGGCACGGGCUCCCCGGAGCGGGGGGAGGGUGUGGUCAGCAGCGGCUUCGUGGCCGUCCACCUGAGCUCGGACCGGCUGGACCCGGCCUCGCCGGACUGGGUGAUGGUGGACCGUGAGCAGGAACUGCGUGACUACCAGGGCGGUGGCAAGGCCCCCAGGAGCCCCGAGGAGGAGGAGCCAGAGGUCCUGAGGGUAGAGGGGCCGGCGGGAGGAGAGGAUCCGGGGGAAGGCCUGAAACCUAAGGCAGAACCAUCUGGAAUACCUCCCCCCAGCACCAGAACUGACCCAGCUGAACCUGAGGGGACGUCUGUGCAGCCCCUCCCUGAGGAGCCCGCGAGUCAGACCUCGAGUCCCCAGCUCCUCCGCUCCCCAAGUCCCCACACCGUGCCGACCACCCUGUCAGACCCCCUGCACCGCAGCCAGUAUGCAGAACAGCGCCCCCUGUCUGUGCACCGCAGGCUGCCGGCCAUCCCCGCGGGGGCAGCCAAUGCCAAGUUCCCCUCUGUCAUCCGCAUCACCCGCGCCCAGCUCCAACAGCUGACAGCACCCAGCCCCCCCACACC